AUGUCUUACACUGACGACUACACGGACAGUUCUGACACAGAAGGUUCUGUGUCAACAGUUCACUCGAUACAGCAUGCUUCUGGCGGCCAAGUCCGUCCUGCAACCCAAAACAACCCCAGUUCACUUCUGACUACGAUACUAGGAUUCCCUCGAAAUAAUCCGAAACAGUUCAUCUUCUUCAUUCUCACCAUAUUGCUAUCUUGGAAGCUAGAGAUUUACAGCAAAUUAGCAACGCCGUUUUAUGACUACACUGCAGGGGACUGGGCCACGAUUUUCCAGUACACCUUCGUCCUUCGCUACACUCGCCUAUUCUGCAACAUCUGGGGAAGCUGGCGAUACGAGCCAUCCCCCGUUCAGGCCUGGCCAAAAUGGACCAAUAGAGACGUCACAGUGGUUCUCCCCACGAUUGAUCCAGGUAACGUAAAGUUUGUAAAAUGCAUCAUCUCCGUACUCGAGAACAGACCAGCGGCCAUUCUCAUCGUCACUGUCGGCGCCAAGAUGCGCCGUCGCUGCGAGAAAGUCGCCAGGCGCUACAAGAAACAAUACCCUUCCACGAGAAUCGGUGUGAGUGCCAUCCUCCACCCCUCGAAGCGACGUCAGGUGGCUCACGCCGUACCGCACGUCGAUACCGAAAUCACGAUCCUCGCCGACGACCACGUUUACUGGCCCAGCACUGAGUUCAUACCCUCGGUCCUUGCCCCCUUUGAGGACAAUAACAUGGGCGUGGUGGCGACAUACAAGCGCGUGCUUCGCACGACACCUGGUAAGUGGUCCGUCAUCUCUAUUGUCAACCUCAUCGGAUGUUUCUACCUCCUUCGCCAUAACUGGGAGCUACGCGCCUCCAAUGCCAUCGACGGAGGCGUCUUUGUCGUCUCUGGCCGCACCGCCGCCUACCGAACUAAGCUUCUCAAGUCAAUGGGUUUCAUGGACAGAUUCUGCAGGGAGCGUUUUUUCUUUGGCCUUUUCGGCGGUAAAGGUCUUGGCCCCGACGACGAUAACUUUCUCACCCGCGAAGCAUACCGACAUGGCUGGAAAGUCAAGUUCCAGCAGACCGAAGAUAGCGUGGUCGAGACGUCGCUGGGCGACGAGAAUGCCGUCAAGUUCCGGGGCCAGCUAGUUCGCUGGGCUAGGACGACGUUCCGAAGCAAUCCGUGCAUGUUGAGGCGUGUCAGCGACGUUUACACCUGGAGAAUGCCAUACACCUACGUGGCGGUAUACGCAGCGGCGCUCUUCAACUUUGCUUUGUUCUGGGAUGCGACUCUCUUCGUGUCUCUGUAUCUUUCAUGGCAUACCAGGGGUGUUUUCACGAGCGAGAUGGGUCUGCUUGCGCUUUGGGUCCUGUGGACCAAGACUAUCAAGCUCUGGCCACACAUCCUUCGCCACCCUUCCGAUAUCCCCUUGAUACCAUGCCAGAUUCUCUUUGCUUACGCUCACUCUCUAAUCAAAGUUUGGGCGCUCUUUACGUUUUGGGAUUGUGCCUGGCUGGGCAGGAACUUGGACGCUGUCGACGCGGAGUCCAAGGAGUUGAGAAAGGAACUGGAUAAGCACUUUACCUUUGCAUAA